AUGAACAACAAAGGGUCAUAUCCACAGCAGAGUGUGUACCCACAGCAAAGCACCGCACCCGUUUACCCCCCUGCUAUGCAAAUGUCUCCUCAGGCGCCUCCUUACACGGACACGCCUCCGGCAUACUCUGAGAUCUACCAGCCCAGAUAUGUACUUCCCCCUCAGGUGACCGGCCAGGUGCCUCAAAUGUCCUCCCCCUAUGUUGGCACUCAGGUCUACAUGCCCAUGCAGCCACAGAUGGCCGUCGGGGCAAUGGCCCAAAAUGUUCCCCUGGCUUACUACCCCAUGGGGGCUGUGUAUCCUCCCGGUUCCACAGUGAUGGUGGAGGGCGGCUACGACGCUGGCGCUCGUUUUACAGCCGGCACCAGUGUUUCCAUCCCGCCACCACCUCCCGGACAUCCCCCAAAUGCGGCUCAAUUGGCAGCCAUGCAGGGCGCCAACGUGGUGAUGACGCAGCGCAAGAACAACUUCUUCUUGGGUGGCUCCAGCGGAGGUUAUACAAUCUGGUAA